AUGGCGGAAGGUAAAAAGGACGAAGACCGAGAGCCAGGGGCUAGUCGUCACGGAAAUUUCAUAAAUUACUACAAGUUUCAUCCUGCUGACGAGCGUGUGCGACAACUUCCGCAAGGCGUGUGGCAGUUGAGAAACAGCGACCGGAAAUACAGUGCUUUAGACGUCGGCUGCAAUGCUGGGAAUUUGACCAUCGAACUCCACAAAUUUCUACAGGAACAAUUGCCAAGCGAAACUGAUGUUCAAAUACUCGGAAUUGACCUGGAUCCGAUUUUAAUCGAAAGAGCGCGUGAAAGUUGUUCCAAUCCGGCCAUAAAUUUUGAGUGUCUCGAUUUUUUCUCUGAAGACAGAAAAAAUGUGUUAUCUGAUUAUUUGAGAAGACUGAAAAGCACAGAAUUCGAUGUCGUUUUUUGUUUUUCAAUCACGAUGUGGAUUCAUCUUAACUAUGGAGAUGAAGGGCUUGUCAAAUUUUUGGAGGACAUUUGUCAAGUGACUAAAGUGCUAGUAAUAGAACCGCAACCGUGGAAGUGUUACAGGAACGCAUCACGGAGAAUGAGACGGAGCGGUGAAGAGGACUUUCCACUCAUAAAUAAAUUGAAGUUGACUGGAGAAAUGGAAAAGCAUAUAGAGAGAAUUGUUUGCGAAGAAAAGCGCCGGUUUCGCCAGAUUAUCACCACUCAGGAUAAUAAUUGGGGUAGGAAAAUACUGAUUUUCGAGAGAAUAUGAUAAUUAAUGAUAAUCAAAUAUUUGUAUGCAAUCAAAUCUGUUGAGUUUCCGUCUUGUAAUUUGCUUGGAAAUCAUAUAAAAUUUAAUAAUGUAAUUUCAUUAUAA